CAGGAUCGCGGAUUCUGCUCCGACAACAAACAAAAGAUCGAGGCUAGCUGAGCUCAUUAGACUUUUGUCGAUCCGUCUAGUCUAACGUUAGAUGCUCCCGACGACGACGUCCUCCUCUGCCUUUUAAAGAUUUUCUGCCGACGGCCCUCUUGUAGUGUCUGUAUUUCUGUCUUUGUGUCAGCUGAUGUCAACCCUGAGCUAUUUCUGCGAUCGCUUUAGCUCAACGCGUUAGCCAGGUUAGCUUCUCGGGCUAGCCAGGUUAGCUUAGCCUGCUAGCUGUACCUCCCUUUAACAGAACUUGACGCUGACCGACACCGAGCGGCUCUGGCUUCACACUUACAACAAAGUCGAGUCGUAGCCAUGUCAGGUCAGUCGUCAGGCUGCGGGUUUCUGAUGUCGGUCGUCGUACACGGAGACUCGACUCUGAACGAGCAGGAGAAGGAACUGAACCAGCGGCUGCGGAGACUCUACCCAGCCGCUAACGAGACCGAGGCUCCGCUGCCCCGCUCCUGGAGCCCGAAGGACAAGUUUAGCUACAUCGGACUGUCCCAGAACAAUCUCCGGGUUCACUAUAAAGGUCAUGGCAAAACUCCUAAAGAUGCAGCCUCUGUACGGGCCACCCACCCCAUCCCAGCAGCCUGCGGGGUCUACUACUUCGAGGUGAAGAUCAUCAGCAAAGGCCGAGAUGGGUACAUGGGCAUCGGCCUCUCAGCUCAGGGUGUAAACAUGAACAGACUCCCUGGUUGGGACAAGCACUCAUACGGUUACCACGGAGACGACGGCCACUCCUUCUGCUCAUCUGGCACCGGGCAACCCUACGGACCCACGUUUACAACGGGCGACGUGAUUGGCUGCUGCGUUAACCUCAUCAACAACACCUGCUUCUACACAAAGAACGGCCACAGCUUAGGUAUCGCCUUCACAGACCUCCCACCUAACUUGUACCCGACGGUGGGCCUUCAGACUCCAGGGGAGGUGGUGGAUGCAAACUUCGGCCAGCACCCCUUCGUGUUUGACAUCGAGGACUACAUGCGCGAGUGGAGGACGAAGAUCCAGGCGCAGAUCGACCGCUUCCCCAUCGGAGAGCGCGAGGGCGAGUGGCAGUCCAUGAUCCAGAAGAUGGUGGCUUCCUACCUGGUGCAUCAUAGCUAUUGCGCCACGGCCGAAGCCUUCGCCAAAUCCACAGACCAGGCCGUGCACGAGGAGCUGGCCUCCAUCAAAAACAGACAGAAGAUCCAGAAGCUGGUGUUGUCGGGCAGAAUGGGCGAGGCCAUCGAGACCACCCAGCAGCUGUACCCCAACCUCCUGGAGAGGAACCCUGACCUCCUCUUCAUGCUCAAGGUGAGACAGUUCAUAGAGAUGGUGAACGGCACGGACAGUGAGGUGAGGUGUCUGGGCGGUCGCAGCCCCAAGUCUCAGGACAGUUACCCCGGCUCCCCCCGGCCCUUCAGCAGCCCCAGCCACAAAGCCAGCAGCUCCCAGCCCUACCUCCCAGGGUUCGACAGCAACUGCUGUAACGGCGUGACGUCUAAUAAGAGCCACAGCUCCUCCCCUCACAGUCACAAGCCCUGCCCCCCGAGCUCUGGCUCCACCCUCCCAGCGUCGGACAUCAGCCUCAACGGGAGCCGCAGCCAGCAGCCCAUCACCAGUAGCGAUGUGGAUAUGGAGGUCGACCACUUCACCAACGGAGUGACAGAAUCAUCCUCCAAUGGUUUCCUCAACGGCAGCUCCAAACACGCCACCGAGCCGGAAGACUGUGACGCGGACAUGGAGGUGGAGUCGGCUCAGUCCAAGAGGCAGCUGUGCGGCGGGAGCCAGGCGGCCAUCGAGAGAAUGAUCCAUUUCGGCAGGGAGCUCCAGAGCAUGAGCGAACACCUCCGCCGCGAGUGUGGCAAGAACUCCGCCAACAAGAAGAUGCUCAAGGAUGCGUUCAGCCUGCUGGCCUACUCAGACCCCUGGAACAGCCCGGUCGGCUACCAGCUGGACGCCAUUCAGAGAGAGCCGGUCUGCUCCACUCUCAACAGUGCAAUAUUAGAGACUCACAACCUGCCCAAGCAGCCGCCGCUGGCUCAGGCCGUGGGUCAGGCCGCCCAGUGCCUCGCCAUCAUGGCACGAACUGGCAGCGGCUCCUGCGCCUUCGCCUCUGUGGACGAUUACCUGCACUAGCCCUGUGUACACACACACACGCACACACACACACACAAAAAAAGACACACACACACACACACACACACACACACACACAGGACCUGUCCAGCAGCGGCUCCCCACGCCUCCUCCAUGAGUCUAGUUACAUUAGCGAGGAGGCGCUCCUCCACACGAUAACGACCAGUAGGAAGUUAACCUCUUCACUCGCUUCUUGUUCUGCUUUUACCGAUCGGCACCAACGCCACCGAGGAUCAGGAGUCGUUUCUGGGCAGAUCUUUAGACGACACACACACCACAUACAUUUAGAACACACACUCGCCCAUCACCUCCCCUUUCCAUCUUUAAGUAUGAAAUUACGCCUCCGCCUUGGUUUGGCCUCAAGAAUCCGCGCCUCCAACCGUCUGAGGCGGCGUCUGCCUCAUUCUGACUUGACUGACAGCGGGGACGCCAAACCAAGAGUAGCCGACUUGAAAAACCCCCUCGAGGGCCGAAGUCGUGUGGACGAGCUGCGGAUACCCGGCCUCCCCGUGUACCAGAGGAGAAUCAAAACCAGGGUCUACAGGACUGACACAAAAACACCUGGUUGGAUACUAACUGUUAAAAACGAGAAGAAAAAAACAACAGGAAACGGACGAGUGGCCGCCAUGAGCGACCACCGCUUUAACGUGGUCCCUGUAAACCUGGCGCACCAGGAGAACACACACACAUUACACGCAAACACGGACGCAGGCUGAUGCUGAAAACAGGAUCGGAGGUCCCUCGAGGCUCGCCGAGGGGCUCCACCUCCAGCCGACGCCAGGCUCCGCGAGGCACUCCCCCCCCUUCUCCACGUCAACCCCUGCACCGCCUCCCCUGACCCCCCUCUCAGAGCCCCGCCCUCCACUCACUUCAGGACUGUGGCGGAGAUUUGUGUGACGCAUGUGGACUCGGGACUUCGAAGAAGCCAGAGAGAAUCUUGACUCAAAAGUUCCCUGUUUUUAACCCUUUGUUUUGUUUUUGUUUCACUGGGCGGAGGGGGAGGGGGAGGGGGCGAGGGGGAGGGGUGGUUACCUGGCUCUUGUUUUGUUUUUAGUUUUUCCAGGUUUACAAGGCAUGGUGCGGACGAUUAUUAUUAUUAUUAUUAUUAUUCUAAUUAUCAUUAUAUUAAUUAUUGUUACUUGCAUUCACAGUAUAUUUGUUAAGCGCCAGCGAGAGAAAGUUCCACCGACUUAUUAUAAUAAAGCUCCCGAUUCCACCGAUUCCCAGUGACGAGCGUGUGUACAUGUUAACGUUUAUAUAUGAAUUUAACAAAAUGGAAUUAUAUCAAUAGAGUGAGAUAUUUAGUUAUCAAAUGAAAGGAAAAAAAAAAACAAUCCCUAAAUGCUUUGUACUGACUCCAGUGACUCCUGAAGCGUGCUGGUUGUUUCCCGGUCUGUACACGUUUUUAUGUUCCCUGUUUGGUCGAAACUUCAGGGUUCCUGCGCGGGUCCAACGCCGACUUAGUCGACCGUUUCCAGGUCUGGAAAGUUUUGGAAGGUCACCUUGCUCUUCAGCGCUGAAGGUCUCAGAAUACUUCAAGUAGCCGGUUGGAUAAUGGUUAAGAAUCUUUAAACUCUUGUGGACGAAGUCUGGAUCUUCUGAUUCCGGCGCAGGAACCCUGCGUUGACCUCUGACCCCAUUUUACUUGUUAACCCCUUAAAAAAAAAAAAAAAAAAAACCCAGCUGCAAAGCAGGUUUGAUGCAAAUGUUGUCAAUCUUUAUUUUCUUAUCGAUGUCUAUGCUAACCCUAAACACACAAAGAACUCAGGAGCCAAAAAUGUCCCUCUGUUCCUCCUCCUCGGUUUAGGAUAGGAAAGUCCAACCAGGCAGCCCGAGCCUCGACUACAGACGGCCUCGCUUUCCUUUUUUAUUUUUUUCAGCAGCGCAGCGGCGACAUUUUUUAGACUGACCAAGAAAAGAACAAGCAGCAGCACGAGCCCCGCUUUUGGUUUAAAGUCAAACUGAACUAAAAAUUAUUUCAUUUCCGUUUGUUUUCCAGAACUUUCAAAUAAAGAAAAAAGGACAUUUUAGUGAUCCUUUGGACUUAAAAAUUAAAAAAGAAGGAAAAGUUAAGGAUUUCAAGCUCAGGUUAUUGGAUGUGGAAGCUGGUUAGCCUGCUUAAGCUCGCACUGAUUCACCAUUUUUGUGGGUUUAGCUCAUGUUCAGAAGUUGCUGCAGUCGCUGUAACAUCGCCCUUUGGUUUCACUCAACGUUUUUGAAGCGUUAAAUUUGGCAUUUUGGUUUUCACCAUCUUUUUUUUUUUCGCGCCAGAAAUAAUCACAUUUUCAAACUCUUGAGUGUUGAUUUGAAAUGCUCCACCUCCAUCCUAGUGGACAGGCGGCCAUACCCAAAAGCGUACGCGGCUUUAUCAUCUUUCUUACGAAUGGGACGACGUCAUUUCCUAAACGAACAUGGCGCCGGGUUGAAUAGAACUUGAAAGUCGUGGUCGAGAACGUUAACUGAUUUGGUAAAUGUUUACGGAGCUCAUAGGCGUCCAUACAGUCCCAUUAUCAGUGAAGUCCCCCUGCUGGCCAUAAGACAGAAUGCAGGUUUAAGACACUUCAACGUUGGCUUCACUUUGGAUAACGUGAGGCGACGUCCAUUUCUUAUAUGCAGUCUAUGUUCUGAUGUGUCGGCGUUCUUUGAGCUGUUUGGACAGACAGACCGGUCUGAGUAUAAAUGUAUAGUUUAAAAAAAAAAGUUGAAGUGCUGCCUCUCCGGGUUUCUCUUGACCCUCUUUGGGAACCCCUGAGCAACGACAUGGCUGUUAGACGUAAACUGCUUCUGUUGGAAUCAUUGAGCGAUAUUUCAAGCUGACCGCCUUUGUGUUCGUGUUACCAUCGCCUGAGGGGAUCGCGGUCGUUGCAGAAAACUGGGUUUUGUUCAUCACAAUCCCGGCUACACGAGGAGAAAACAGAAUCAUUAUUUCAGUUUGCUUUGAACUCUGGCCGUGUUCUUCACAACGACCUUGCCUGCUGCUCCCUGGUCGCGUAACGCUGUCUUGUUAUUAUUUUUUAAAGCUGCUGUUUUAAAGCGUUCAUCCUCAAACGACCCAAUCACCCCCCCCCCCCCCCCCCCCCUCAGGCCGCCCGCCAGGUUACCGUUUUGUUACAAGACCCUCGUUUGACCUCGUGUUUUUUUUAGUGCUCAAACUAAAGACAGAAAAUGAAUCAACAAAAAAUAAACAUCCAGUAUUGUCGGCUGCUCUGUGGCGGCUUCACUGACGAGAUGAAGAACCAAAAUACUUUAGGAAGAGGGCAGCCGUGUGUGUGCUCGCCACAAAGACACAACCUCCACCUUUUCCUGUAUCCCCCCCUCCCCCACACACAGUGGAGCCGAGCUUUUCUGUACUCUUGGUUUGUUUGGUUUUUUUUCUUUUGUUCCUUUUUUAAAGUUGGAUCGCAAGCAGUCACGGCAUCGUUUAGAAAACCUCUUAGACAAAGUGUCUGUCGUCUCUUUCUGAGUAAGGUCUGAAACCUAUGCAUGCCAUAGUACAGUGGUGGUAAGCUCAAAGUUUAGAUGUCUCUCUUAUUUGAUUCUUUUUGUUUCUCCUUCUUUCAUAGCCAGUUCACGGUGUAUAAGGAAAGAUUGUCAACCAGUAAGUUGUCCACUGCUGACUGUGUGUCCAUUUGGAGAAAAAAAAAAGUGCAAUUUGUGUGAGGGUGAAAAGAUUUAUAUUAAAAAUGAAAAAUGACAAA